GCCUCCUAGGGAAAUACCAGCUGGCCCUGACGACGUUUGCUGGCACCGUGUUGAUGGCAUCACUUCCGGCGCGCCAGAUUCGGGCUUUCUUGUGCCUGAGAAAGGGCAGUCCUGGUUUUUACACGGGAGACGAGCAGAGUACUCUUCUGUCGGUCGCGAGGAAGGAAUUAUCUGUAGAGUAAGUAUGCUAAUAUUGAAUAAGACAGCAAGAGUUUUUUCUAAACCAUCGAAAAGGAAUAUUUAUGAAUAUUUAAGAAGUAUUAAUUUUCAUCCUGGAAAAGUAUUUCUUCACAAACUAGUAUUGGGAAUUGAAACUAGUUGUGAUGAUACAGCAGCUGCUGUGGUGGAUGAAACUGGAAAUGUUCUGGGAGAAGCAAUACAUUCCCAAACUGAAGUUCAUUUAAAAACAGGUGGGAUUAUUCCUCCAGUAGCUCAACAGCUUCACAGAGAAAAUAUUCAACGAAUAGUGCAAGAAGCUCUCUCUGUCAGUAAAGUCUCUCCAAGUGAACUCUCAGCAAUUGCAACUACCAUAAAACCAGGACUUGCUUUAAGCCUAGGAGUAGGCUUAUCAUUUAGCUUACAGCUGGUUGACAAAUUUAAAAAGCCCUUCAUUCCCAUUCAUCAUAUGGAAGCUCAUGCACUUACUAUUAGGUUGACGAAUAAAGUAGAAUUUCCCUUUUUAGUUCUUUUGAUUUCUGGAGGCCAUUGUCUAUUGGCAUUAGUUAAAGGAGUUUCAGAUUUUCUGCUUCUUGGAAAGUCUUUGGACAUAGCACCGGGUGACAUGCUUGACAAGGUAGCAAGAAGACUUUCCUUAAUAAAUCAUCCGGAGUGCUCCACCAUGAGUGGUGGGAAGGCUAUAGAACAUUUGGCUAAACAAGGAAAUAGGUUGCAUUUUGAUUUCACACCUCCCAUGCAACGUGCUAAAAAUUGUGAUUUUUCUUUUACUGGACUUCAGCACAUUAUUGAUAAGACAAUAAUGCAAAAGGAAAAAGAGGAAGGUAUUGAGAAGGGGCAAAUCCUGUCUUCAGCUGCGGACAUUGCUGCUGCAGUACAGCACACAACAGCAUGUCACAUUGCAAAAAGAACACAUCGUGCUAUUCUGUUUUGCAAGCAAAGAGACUUGUUAUCUCAAAGUAAUGCAGUACUGGUUGUAUCUGGAGGAGUUGCAAGUAACUUAUAUAUCCGAAAAGCUCUGGAAAUUGUAACAAAUGCAACACAAUGCACUUUGUUGUGUCCUCCUCCAAGACUGUGCACUGACAACGGCGUUAUGAUUGCGUGGAAUGGUAUUGAAAGAUUGCGUGCCGGCCUGGGCAUUUUAUACGACACAGAAGGCAUCCGCUAUGAACCAAAAUGUCCUCUUGGAGUAGAUAUAACGGAAGAAGUUGAAAAAGCUGCCAUAAAAGUACCACGAUUAAAAAUGAAGAUUUGAUUUUUGCUUUUCAAAAAACUCCUAAAGGAGGGUGCAGCUCACAAUGGCCCAUGCGGGGAUCGAACUGGCAUAUAGCCCUAAGUACAUGUAGCUGCUAUCAUCACAUCAUUAUUGUUAUGUUAUGGCAUGUUGUGGAAAAUAACUACUAAUUAAUACAUAUGUUCAAUGCAGCCCAGGUAGACCAUUUGAAGACAUUGAGCAAAAUGAAUAGAGAAAAAGGGGCUUUAAAGGAUACAGUGAAGCCCAGCUUGCUUUUGUAUCAAAUCUAUGCUGCUGUAAAAUAGCAAAAGCAGACAUACAUCAAAAUUCCUAUCUACUGGCAACAGUGCUCUUUGGGCAAAGACAUUGUGUGAUUCUAAGCCACAAAGAGUAUCACCCUUUUCAGGCACAAACCAAAGGUACUCAAUAUGUAUGGAGAAUGGUCAACACUGGUUGCCACAUUUUUUAGGCAUACUUUUGUACAUGAUAGGUAAUGAGUUCAGAUUUUUUAAAAGUAAAAUGUUUUAAAAGCAUAUAUUUUAGGUUUUAGAACCCUCAUGCAUUUUGUAGUAUUUAUCGUCAUAUAUCUCAAGGUAUUACAGAGUAAUAACAUGUGGGCUACUCUGAAUCAGGCCUUUCUAGCCCAGCAUACCAGUUAAAAAAUAUUUCUAACACUUGAUAUGUGUACUAAUUAUGCCACUUGUGUCAGUUGCUAUAUAUUAAUAGUUUUAAUCGCUGGUAUUUCAGAAAAUUCUACUUAUUUUUUGAAACCAUAACUUUGACUUGAUUUUAAUUUAAGGGACAUCUGUUAAGUAUCAAUAUCAAAAACUUCCAUUAAAAAACGAUUAUACUGAGUUAUGUAAUGUGUUUUACUACCAUUAAAAAUUUUUUUUAAAUGAUUGCUCAGGAACCCUUUCAUACUAAAAUGCUUUUAUUGGCCUUCUGCAGGCUCCGAAUUAGUUUUCUGUACAUGUUUCCCAAGGUCGUUCAAAAACACUAUUCUUGGUCUUGAUACUUUUAUGAUAUCUGAUGAAAUUGAAGAUGAAAAGGAAAAAAUAUUAUGAGAAAUAGCGGCCUUUUUUGUUGUUUUGAAGAGUCCCAUGAAAUUAGUUACAGGAGACAUUAAAGUCAAAGAAUCUCUUGGUUGAAUUUUAGGUUUUAAUUUUCUUCGGUGCUUUUUCCCUAAAAAUUAGAAAGCCACAAUUAAAUGUCUCUUUCUUAAGCAUAAGAACCCUAGAUAUAGUCUCACUGCCUUCAAUUCUAUAUAGUUCUAUUUUCUUUACAUCACUAAAACAUAUUAAGAGAACAGAUCAGUAGCAUUCAGACUUGUAGAUGUAGGGGUGCAAAAAUCUUUGGGGACUAAUAUAUGGUUGCCAACUUUUUACUAUGCCAAGUUGGCACUAAUACAAGAACAAAUGCCAACUAUCAUUAAAUAUCAUUUUGUAAAAGAAGGGAUAUUUUAACACCAAAAGAAAGUGUAAAAGCAUUAUCUCAAAAUGAUGGACUUUACAUGGAAUGAAAUUAACUUUAUCAGAAACUUGCUACAUUGUCCAUCUUUUUCUUAUGUUACUACAAACCUGUGAAAACUUCAUAGACCAUUACUGGUACACAGAUUGUUAUUUAGAAGCCAAUAUUAAAGUGAAGAAAGAACGAGACUGACUUUAUUCUUGUGUGUAAAUUACUUUUAACUAAAGGAGCUAUACAAAAACAUAUUCUUCUACCUGUAAUAUUCAGAAAUAUAGCCUCCCUCAAAUACGAAAUGAAUAAAUGAAGUUCUUUCCUCUC